AUGGAAGAAGGAGAUGUGGGGGCGAAACACGGUGCAACCUGCAAACAUAACGACGACAAGGAUAAUAUUGGACGAAAGGGAUGCAAGAAGCACACGCAGGCUAUUGGCUAUGCAAGACUUGUAUUGGCUACGAUGACAGCAAAAGGCCCAGAGAGCGAACACCCUUCUUUAAACUCCAAAAAGUGCUUUUCUCGUCUGACCGACGCGGUCAAGGCAGAGAUUGCGUUGGUGAUCUUUCUUGUUACCCACAUGAACCGUGUUUCAAAGGCCAUCUUGGGAGAGGGACUGCGCACCGACGAGUUGUUCCUUGCCGCGGAUGUGACUAGAGGUUUCCGUUGCUCGAUCGCCCGCUUCGUUCCCAUUAUCGGAUGCAACACAUGCGAAGCGGGGAAGACCUCGAGUCUCUUCCCAGAAGAAGACAACGACGACGACUUGAGUGUUGCUACGUCUGACCAUUCCAGCAUCAUUGCAUCGUUCUCCCCGGUAGCUCCCCAUCUCCAAGGAGUUUUCUUGACCGGCUUGGAACGAGCCCUCGCGAUGGCACGGGUGAAGGAUUGGGUGGGACAAUACGGGAAGGAGAAACUGCUAGGGCAGUCCAUUGUGUCCAAGAAGAUACUGAAACGUUUAUUGGAAGACCCCUCUACCACACCACCGCCAACGUGCACGACCGAUGAGUGCAUUUGGGAAUGGGCUGAAAACACGGUGCAACGAAGGAUUGGUUCAAAGGAUAAGCUCAACGACGCUAAUCGAGCUAUUGGCAUGGUCCUGCUAUUGGUUACAUUUGCUCCUCAUACAGUCCAUGAGAGCCAGCAUUGGCUUACAAUGGUGAAGUGUGUGGGAGAUGACAUGGCUCGCUGUAUCGUCGUUUGGUGGUCUCUGAAGCUUGCCUUUCGGGAUGCCAAAGGUCUUGAUAGCGCAAUCGAUGCUGAGGCUAUGUUCAGGGUCAUUCACCAGUAG